UCUAAAAAUUGGCCAAUCAAACGCUAGUUUCUUCAGCUUGGCAAAACUAGCCAAUCAGAUUGCACAUUAGAACGUUUCUCUUUUUUUCCUACUCAUUCCUGUAAACACGUGCGGUGUUUAUGAAGUCGCUACUUUGAAAACUUCAGAAUCACAUUAAAAAUGGCUAAAAGCCUCAGAAGCAAAUGGAAACGCAAGAUGCGGGCGGAGAAGAGGAAGAAAAAUGCCCCAAAGGAGCUGGCUCGACUCAAACAAGCUCUGGGAAACGACAAGAAAGAAGUGGACAUGACUGACCUGCAGGAGAUUGCUACUGUGGUGUCUCCUGACAAGAUAAAGAAGCAGACGGAUGCUGAAAUGGCAGAGGAUGUGGGUGAAGACAUGAAGAUGGACAUGGAUAAGAAGCGCAACAAGAAAACCCUUUUGGAUGAAGACGGACGGUACCCUGUGUGGAUGAACCAACGGCAGAUCAAGAAACUGAAAGAUAAACGUACCACAAAGAAAAGUGGGAAAGGCAAGAAGAAGAAGAAGGGGAUUGCCUGGUAAAACAGAGGAACUGAUAAAGACUUUUGAUGCUUCAGCUGUCGGGACUUCUUCAGUGGACUGACGGAACUGUGGUUCCACCGUAUUCCAAUAGGAACCUUUUUUUGAGAAGUGUUCUUAUGUUCUCAGUAGCUCCUAUGAGAAGAUACAAUAUUUUCUGCUUCUUAAAUUGGGUCAGAUAUUCAACCAAUAAACACCAUGAAAAAAUGUA